GCCUUUUUGGGUCUCCUUUCUCUUCUCAACUUUAUUGUUCUGACACAAAAGACGAAAAAGAAAGCUUCUUUGAAGAAGCAGAACUUGACCAUUCAAAUCCCUGUAAGAUACAGAUUUGUAGAGAGAGAAAGAGAAACUCAAAAAAAUUGAACCAUGAAUAGAAGAACUCAACUUCAAGGUCAACUACGGUGGCGAUGAAGAUGAACUCAUUUGGCUCCGGUUUCUCGUUCUUAUCCUAAAGGACUUUUUUUGAUUUACUGAAACUUCCAAGUAAAAGAACAGGAGAAGUGUGGGGAACGGCUUGGUUUGACAUUUUAAUGGUGGCGUGAAGGGUUCGAUGAUCACCGCUUUCAUCCACCACCACCACUGCAAGCCUCAUUUUGAACCAUUAAAAGAGGAUUCUUUAGAGCAUGUCUGAUUUGGUGGCCCGCACUGGUCGACAUCAGCAACGGUACGAGGCCGGUUGUCGCCUUGUUGCCGGGUGUAUUCCAUUCAGGUGUAGAGAUUCUGAUGACAGUGGCGAUGGUGAAUCUGAGAAGAUUGUUGAGGUGCUUAUGAUCAACUCAACUAGUGGACCGGGCCUUUUGUUUCCAAAGGGAGGAUGGGAGAAUGAUGAGACUGUUGAGCAAGCAGCUGUACGGGAAGCUUACGAAGAAGCUGGUGUUCGAGGGGAGCUAAUGGAUUUGCUAGGGCAUUACCAUUUCAAAAGCAAAACCCUCCAAGAUGAGUUCAGCCCUGAAGGUUUGUGCAAAGCUGCAAUGUUUGCUUUACUUGUCAAGGAAGAGCUGGAAUUGUGGCCAGAACAGAACACCCGCCAGAGGCAAUGGCUAGUCAUUUCAGAAGCAGUCGAGAGUUGUAGGCAUGCAUGGAUGCGAGAGGCCCUUGAAGAAGGCUUUUCCAAGUGGUAUGCUGACAAGAUGAUGAACAUAGAGGAUCAUACCAUUUCUUCAUAUUCCUCCAUUGACUAGCAUUGAUUUUGUAUUGUGUGGCCACACACACAUGUAUUGGAAUGCUCACAAACAUGCACAUACUUGAAGCUGUUUUUGGGUUUUUAUUUUAUUUUAUUUUAUAUUUUCUUCCAGAAAGUAACUGAACAAUACCUAUGAGGAACCUGUUCCAUUCUGUUUAUUCUUCUAGCAUCUCUUGUUUAUACCCAUGUUCCUGCGGGAUGUGGUACCUCAUGCGAACGAAACCUUUAAAUAUUCAAAAGAAAAAAAAAAAUGAAGAAAUUUAGGAUUUCA